GGUUGCUGCUGAGAGGCGGUGGAAUCUCAGUCCGCGAAGCUAUCGCCGGCCCGGCUGGGCCAACGUGGCGAGCGGGUCGCGGCGAGAGGCGUGGGAUUGUCCUCCACCGACCAUCGCGGACAAUCGCGGGGCCGGGAGUGAAUAGCUCAUCUUGGCUUUGGAGACUUGAAGAUUAGAUGGAGCUUAACUGUUGGGGGGUGCCUGUCAGCUGUCAAAGAUCCUGCACUGAACAGAGAAGAUGACUGCAGAGUUGAAAGAGACCAUGGGCAGAGCCUCUUGGAGCCCAGUGAAGGUGAAAAAGGAAGAAGAUGAAGAAUGUGUCAUAAGUCAGGCAUCCAGCCAACAAGUGUUCUCUGGGAACAUCAAGAACUGGGCCCUGGGGGAGGGUCCUUACGUGAGCAUCUGUGGAUCAGAAGAGGAGGAGAAGGGUCAGAAAAUGUUCUGGGACAUGGCAGUGGUACUAAAAGCAACACAGGAGGCUGCUGCUGCUUCACCCCUUGGGAGCUACUCAUUGACAGGGACUCUGGUCAAGAGUGAAAUCCUGGAGCCUCAUGGGAACCCAACCCCACUAGGUACCAAAACCAAGAACCUAGAGUUAUUGAUUCCUAAAACAGAGAUAUGUGAUGACUCGGAUAAGCCCCCUAUGAUUUUAGGAAGAAUCCAGAAAGGUGACCUUCAAAGCUCUGAGCUAGGAGAAUCUUGUGAAAAGGGAAAUAUGUUUAAAAAGCUGAGAAUAAGGAGAGAAAAAGGAGAUUUGAGAAAAGUGAAAGACUGCCCAUUGUCUGGAAGCUUCCAAGACGAGGAAGAAGAGAAAUCUAAGAAAACUAGGGGGAAAUAUAGCCUUAGUUCUGCUCCUGCUAAAAAACAGAAAAUACAGCCUGGGCAGAAGCCGUUUACGUGUAGUGAGUGUGGGAAAGGCUUUAGUCAGAGUGCAAAUCUUGUUGUGCAUCAACGAAUCCACACUGGGGAGAAGCCCUUUGAGUGUCAUGAGUGUGGGAAGGCCUUCAUUCAGAGUGCAAACCUUGUUGUGCAUCAGAGGAUCCACACUGGACAGAAACCCUAUGUUUGUGGAAAAUGUGGGAAGGCUUUCACUCAGAGUUCAAAUCUGACUGUUCAUCAGAAAAUUCACUCCUUAGAAAAAACCUUUAAGUGUGGUGAAUGUGAAAAAGCCUUCAGUUACAGCUCGCAGCUUGCUCGCCACCAGAAAGUCCAUAUAACUGAGAAAUGCUAUGAAUGCAAUGAAUGUGGAAAAACAUUCACUCGAAGCUCCAACCUCAUCGUCCAUCAGAGGAUCCACACUGGGGAGAAGCCUUUUGCUUGCAAUGACUGUGGAAAAGCCUUUACCCAAAGUGCAAAUCUUAUCGUGCAUCAGCGAAGCCACACUGGGGAGAAGCCGUAUGAGUGUAAAGAGUGUGGGAAAGCCUUCAGUUGUUUUUCUCACCUCAUUGUGCACCAGAGAAUUCACACUGCAGAGAAACCUUACGACUGCAGCGAAUGUGGAAAAGCCUUCAGUCAGCUCUCUUGCCUUAUUGUCCACCAGAGAAUUCAUAGUGGAGAUCUCCCUUAUGUAUGUAAUGAGUGUGGGAAGGCCUUCACUUGUAGCUCAUACCUACUGAUUCAUCAAAGAAUCCAUAAUGGGGAAAAACCUUAUUCUUGUAACGAGUGUGGGAAGGCCUUCAGACAGAGGUCAAGCCUCACUGUCCACCAGCGAACCCACACCGGAGAGAAGCCCUAUGAAUGUGCAAAGUGUGGUGCAGCUUUUAUUUCUAACUCACACCUCAUGCGACAUCACAGAACUCAUCUUGUCCAAUAGCAAGGAAGAGGGUGAAACCUUGCUCUUGGUCAUAACCUACUGCUGCUAAUAGCAGGCACCUCUGUUCUUUAUUCUUCCUUGGCCAAAAUGAGGACUGUACCUUUUAAAGUUAUUUUUCUGGAAGGUAAUGUAAACACACAUUUCAAAGGCUAAUUUAAAGAAAAUAAAACUUAAACACCUAAAAACCAA